AUGACGACACUAACAGAGUGCAGGAUGAGGCACUUCUGGUGGCCAACUGUCAACAAGGACACUCAGGAGUUUGUUUCUUCCUGUCCCACGUGUGCUAGGAGCAAGUCCUCCCACCAAACACCUGCAGGGUUGCUCCAGCCUCUACCCAUUCCUAGCCGCCCCUGGUCACAUAUCGCCUUGGACUUUGUUACCGGCCUGCCUCCCUCCCUCCCAGGGAAUAUUCCCCUCUGGGCCCAGUUCGGGAGAGCGGAAGUGGACCUGUUCGCCAGCCAGCGCAACAGCCACUGUGCCAUGUGGUUCUCCAUGGCUCUGAGCGACGAUCCGCCCUUGGGGGUGGACGCGUUCGCACAAUGGCAAAGCAAGCUGCUCUAUGCCUUUCCACCGCGGUGUCUCAUUCUCCCUCUCCUGGGGAGAGUGAGGCGAGAACGUCUGUCAAUCGUCCUAGUCGCUCCGGAUCGCGUCGGGGCACCGUGGUACUCAGAGAUGACACAGAUGAAGGUGGGCCAGCCCUGGGCGGUUCCCCAGUUCUGGUGGGCGAUGCCUCAAGAGGCAGGGACUCGGGAGAGGUGGUGCAUAGUGAGCCCAUACAGGGCUGAGGGCUCAGGUAGGCCCGCCCCGGGGCCUGCUACGGACCCGGUGCCACCAGAGCUCAUCAAACUGCUGCAGAAGUCUGAAAACUCUCUGCUUCACCACAUCUUCACCGACAAGGAAACUGAGAUCCCUACCAGCAAGGGGCUCAGUAAAGUCACUGUGGUCUCCAAGUUCAAGAACUCUCUGGAGAGCCUGAUGAGGAUCCUCCACACCACAACUCCUCACUACACUCGCUGCAUCAAACCCAACCCUGACUGCAAGCCGCUGACCUUCAAAAAGGAGGAGGUCAUCAUGCAGCUGGAAGCCUGUGGGAUUGUGGAGACUAUUCAUAUAAGUGCUGCUGGCUUUCCAAUAAGAAUUCCUUUCAAAGGUUUCAUGCAACGUUAUGGACUGAUUGCGAAAUAUUCACAUGUCAAGUCAGGCAUCCAUUCUGUUGAUGCGGGGGCUGACUACAUUCUUCGGCGCGGGGUGGAGAAUCUCCUCAGCGUCGUGUCACAGCACGAGGCGUUCGACCCCCUGUGCAAAGAUAACAGUGGAAAACACAACUCAUGGGUUCACUGCGGGAGGACUAAAGUUUUCCUCACUCAGUUGAUGCUAGAUUUUCUGGAGUACCAGAGAAAAAAGGUCCUGUGUCAGUGUGCCUUCUCCAUUCAGUGCUGCUGGCUGCGGUACCAGCGCCGCAGACGCUGCGCCCGCCUGCUGUCUGCCACUCGGAUCCAAGCAGUGGUGCGGUCCUGGCUGGUGAGGAGGCAGCUCCAGAGGUGGAACAGAGCAGCUGCAGUCAUCCAGAACACCUGGAGGAUGUGGAGGGUGAGAUUUGAAAAGAAUACAUAUCACAUCUUGUGUUUUCUUGUUCCAAGUU